GCGGCAUUGUACUUUAUACGGCGAUUUUAUGUUUCCCCGAAGCGGCACCUUUGAGAACUUUGCGAUGAUGUAUUCAUAUAUUCAUUAUUCUGCCCUUCGUAUGGCUCUACUGUUCAAGUUUUCCUUUUCCUCUUUUCAGUCACACAGUCGCGCGCCAUUAGAUUAGAGAAGCUUAAAGCUCUGUAAAAAGUGUGUUUUCUGAUGGCACUGAAAAUUGGAGGCCAAGUGAAAAGGCUUAAUGCCUCUGAAUUGGCUUACCAAGAAUUCGUUGAAAAGCAUCUUAAGCUCAACGAACCAGUUGUUAUCACUGGUUUAAUGCAUGAAUGGAGGUCUUGCAAGGACUGGGUUUGGGAGAAUGGGGAGCCUAAUCUUGAUUUCUUCUCAACCCAUUUCGGAAAAUCCAGAGUUCAGGUUGCAGAUUGUGGGCAAAGAGAGUUUACAGACCAGAAGAGAAUUGAAAUGUCAGUAUCAGAAUUCAUAAGCCAAUGGAAGGGGCUCUCUGAUGAAAGCAGUUGUAACAUUAAUAAUGUCCAUGAUGGAACUGAUCGAGAUCUGCUUUAUUUGAAGGAUUGGCAUUUUGUGAAGGAGUAUCCUGAAUAUGUAGCUUACACAACUCCACUAUUUUUCUUGGAUGAUUGGCUCAACAUUUAUCUUGAUAGUUAUAAGAUGCAUGGAGUACCCGAUGAGAAUAAUGAUGUGCAAGGAAUAAACUGCUCUGACUACCGAUUUGUGUACAUGGGCUCUAAAGGCACUUGGACCCCACUUCAUGCUGAUGUUUUCAGGUCCUACAGCUGGUCUGCAAAUGUUUGUGGAAAAAAACUAUGGUAUCUCUUGUCACCUUCCCAAUCUCACCUUUUGCUGGAUAGGAACAUGAAAUACUCUGUCUAUGAUAUUUUCGGGGAUAUUUCUGAAAAGCAAUUUCCGGGCUUCAAGAAGACAAUCUGGUUGGAGUGUACACAAAGCCCAAAUGAGGUUAUUUUUGUGCCUAGUGGGUGGUAUCAUCAAGUUAAGAACUUGGAGGACACUAUUUCAAUUAACCACAACUGGUUUAAUGCUUAUAACCUUUCUUGGGUGUGGGACCUUCUAGUGAGAGAUUACAUUGACACAAAACAAUACAUAGAAGAUAUCCGUGAUAUCUCCGAUGAUUUUGAAGGCCUCUGUCAACGAAAUCUAGCAGUCAAUACAGGCAUGAACUUCCUUGAUUUCUUUAUUUUCAUCAUGCGGAUUACUCUCGUCAACCUAACCCAUAUGUGUUCUCUUGCUCAAAAGACAAGAAAGCUCGACAGAGAAUCACUUAAAAGGAGCAAACAGACGGUCUUUAACUUGAUUUCCAUACGCCGAGUUGCAGCAAAUAUGGAAUCAGCCGAACUUUUUGACAGAAAGAAUCGAGAAAAAAAUUCACUUGAAAAUGAAUGGUUUCUUGAUUUCAGAAAAGUGUCGCGGCAUCCUUGGUUCCUCAAGCUAAGCAUGUCACUAUGUAGAACAAAUGAGAUGGUUGAUAGGUUCUUAAAAUCAAGUUCUGAUGAUUGUGCCGAUUGUAAGUCUUUGGACUUCAGUGAAUUAGGAAGAGGAUCAGGUGAGCCUUUGGACCUUGAUUUUUUGGAGAGCGCAUUGGCAAUUCAUGCUUUGGAAUAUAAUUUCUUGGAGAGGGAAAUAGAAGCUGAUACUUUAGACCAUGGUUCGUUGGAGAGAGAAACAGGAGCUGAUACUUUGCGAUGUAGUUUCAAAGAGAGAGAAUCAAAUGACGAUACUUUGGUCCGUAGCAUUUUAGAGAGGGUAUCAGAAGCUGACAGCUUGGGCUCUGAACCGAACUGCAAUGGUGGCAAUGGCCAAGGCCAUAAUUACUCUAUCAUGGGUCCUGGAGAUCUGGUGAGAGUUAUUGAUUGUUGUUUACAAUGGGUGGGUAUAGUUGCCAAGGAUUGUAACAUGAGUUUGCUCUCUCAGGUGGAUUGUUGAAAAAUGCUUUAAUUUCUUUAAAGUUUAGUUCAUGUAUGAAAUAAUAAGUUGGAUUUCUCAGUUCAAAAUUGUUUUAAUCCAUUUGAAGUAGAAUUUGUUUGAA